UUCCGACACAGCACUGAACUUGUUUAGGCAAAAAACGCGCGCGCCCUGCUCUCAUACGCGCGCUGAGCGCCUACGCACUGCGUCUCCUGUGACGUAAGGCCGUACAAACCGCCCUCGCAAGCAGGACAGCCGGCGUCAGACUGACUGGAAUAGUGCACAGACUUAUGUUUCUAUUUGUGACAUGGAGUGGCGGAAUAAACAGAGCGGACGAGCGUGAUUCGGUGACAUGACAAGCUCCGGUUCGGUUGAGAAACGGGGGGUUUGGAGCAGCGCGUAAAUCCGGUAACAUAGUGCAGAUUUCAGUGCAGAAAUCGCUGCAGUCUGUCCGACCGGUCUUUCAUCGUUGCCCUCAGAUGUAAAGCAGCUUUAAACAGCUCAAUAAGACGACAGAAAGUCGUUUAAUAUACGUUUAAAAGUGACUAGUUGCUUCUAAGCUACUUUUGUUGUUGAGGUAUGACGUCAUACUGUCAGGUAACUCCACGCUGGUCAUUCAUGCUCACCUGACCAGCAAUAAACAGCUGAAAAACAUGACAUGCUGUCAUUAAUGGCUCCUGGCUGAUGAGCUGUAGUGGCAGGUUGAGUGACAGCUGUUACGGUUUGUUUUGACAUGACAUCAUGGCCCUUGUUUGGUGACGUCACAGAUCUCAGUUCCGGUCGCCACUGGCUCCACAAGGAAGGAGUUAUGAGCAGUCUUACUAAGAAGACACGGUUUAUUAACACUCCUGGCAAUAAACUAUCUUUUGGCAAUAGAUACCGUAACGAUGCCUACAUCAGCCUCUACGACGAGUCCAUCGGGAGAGGGAUGUACACAGUGCGGUCAGACACAGACACACACCCUUCACUCAGGAACCAUGACCAUCCUGCCUCGGGCGUCCUCUCUAGGGGCCAUCUGGACCCUCGCACAGACCACACAGACCCUGCCUCAGACAGCCACGGACAGGAGCGUCUGCUCGGCGCUCAGACACCGGCCCGCUCCAGACACAGACUCCAGCUGACCACCGAGCUGGGGCCCGAGGAGGUCAGGUGGUCUUACAAAGAGGACAAGAAGACAUGGAAGCCCUUCAUGGGACACGACUCUCUCAGGAUAGAGAUCAUGUAUCGCAGAUUCUGCCAGUUAAACCAGGAAAGGGCUUUGAGGCGUGGUGGAGAGGAGACUCCUGAAGACGAAGGGCUGGAUACCAGCAAGAAGAGCAGCGACUUCACGAUCGAGGCCGUGUGUGUCAGAGGAGGACUCUAUGAAGUGGAUGUGAGGAAGAAAGAGUGCUAUCCGGUGUACUGGAACCAACAGGAUCGUAUCCCUGUCAUGAGAGGCCAGUGGUUCAUUGACGGCACAUGGACGCCUGUCGAGGAGGAUGAGAGCGACCUCAUUGAGGAAGAACACCUGGCGUGUUUCAGAGGACAACAGAUACAGGACGCUUUUGAGAACGACACGCUGAGCAAGACUGUGGACAGAAAAGAUGUUCUUUCCCAUUUUCCCCCAUUCUACCCUCACUUUCUAUUCAGAUGGAGUGGAUAUCAGACGAGUGCUAAAAGUCACAAGCGAAAGCGAUGCCAAGCCGUUCACAGUGUGCAGUUGAGCUGCAGUCAUGUGGACUGGUACAGUGUGGACGAGGUGUAUCUGUACAGUGAUGCCACCACGUCUAAGAUCGCACGCACCGUCACGCAGAAGCUGGGCUUCUCUAAAGCCUCCAGCAGUGGCACCAGACUGCAUCGCGGCUUCAUGGAAGAGGCCUCGCCGCACCAUAAACCCCCUCAGACCACACACAUUGUGUUUGUGGUGCAUGGCAUUGGACAGAAGAUGGACAAGGAUCGUAUCAUCAAAAACACUGGCAUGCUGCGGGAAGCUGUGAGGAAGAUGGAGGAGAAGCACUUCGCUGAUCAAACAGAGGAACACGUGGAGUUUCUGCCGGUCGAGUGGCGCUCUAAACUGGCUUUAGACGGCGACACAGUGGAGUCAAUCACACCAGACAAAGUGAGAGGCCUGAGAGACUUACUCAACAGCAGCGCCAUGGACAUCAUGUACUACACCAGUCCUCUCUACAGACACGAGAUCACUAAAGGUUUGACGCAGGAGCUCAACCGUCUCUAUUCUCUCUUCUGCUCACGAAACCCUGAGUUUGAGAGCAGAGGCAGAGUGUCCAUCAUCUCUCACUCGCUGGGCUGCGUCAUCACCUUUGAUAUCAUGACCGGCUGGGACCCUGUGCGCUUCUGUCUGCAAGAACAUCAGGAUCAGCUGGAGGGAGAAGAUCUACACUGGACCACUCAUGAAGAGCGCCACCUGCUGGAGGACGUGACACUAACCAGACGAAGGUUACGAGAACUGCACGAUCAGCUUCAGGGCCUGAAGGCAUCAAAACCUACUUCCUUCCCUACAUUAAAGUUUAAGGUGGAGAACUUCUUCUGCAUGGGGUCUCCUCUGGCUGUGUUUCUGGCUUUGAGAGGCAUCCGGCCCGGGACCAGCGGUCACCAGGACCACAUCAUGCCCAAAUCCAUCUGCCGGCGCCUCUUCAACAUCUUCCACCCAUCAGAUCCUGUGGCCUAUCGACUGGAGCCUCUGGUGUUAAAGCACUACAGCCACAUCGCUCCUGUGCAGAUACACUGGUGUAACACCAUGGACCCCACCCCGUAUGAUGAGAUCAGAGCCACCUAUCUCAGUGUGAGCAGGAGCGACUCGGAGAGCCCCAGUCCCAGCAGAUCACCUGUGCUGAGCAGGACACACUACAGAGAGUCCAUCACCAGCCUGGGCAAGGCCAGCAUACUGGGCGCUGCUAGUAUCGGUAAGGGCAUCAGCGGGAUGUUAUUCUCUCGAUUCUCUCGAUCACACAGCCUGCCGUCCGCUGGGGAUUCUGGGAUUGGUGACAGUGAGGACAGCCAAAGCACUUUUACAUUUUCAGCCAUAUCUCCAUCCUCUUCCUCCUCUUCAUUGGAUGCAGCGGCUGAGAUGGAGCAUCGCAUUGACUACGAGCUUCGGGAGGGUCUGGUGGAGAGCCGCUAUUGGUCGGCUGUGACCUCACACACGAGCUACUGGACGUCCCAUGACGUCGCCCUGUUCCUCCUGACCUUCAUAUACAGGCCACAGAGCACAGACCAGACAGAAAACCCCAGUCCCGUGUAGCACAGACAGCACUUCCCACAAGAAAGACUGAUCCCAUCCUGUCUGCUCUGGGUCUCCAGGAGGCUUCAGAGAAAGUGUCCUAAGCCUUCCCAAACAGCUCCUGACCUCAUCACUGUUUAUAAGCCCACAGAGUGCCCCUGGUCCAUAGGAGCUACAUGCACAGUUUGGACUGUGCACGUCUAGGGGAUCCAGUCCUUCAGUUUCCUCCAUGGAUUCAGAAAUGAGGGAAUUGAAACUUUUUAUCUCAUAAUUCAGACUUAUUUUCUCAAAGUUGUGAGUUUACUGUAAAUAGUGAGAACACGAAUGCAAGUUAAUUGCAGGUUUACAUUUCACAAUUCUGAUUCUAUUUUUCUCUUAUUGUGAACAUAUUAGGGGUGUAACGAUACGCGUAUUCGUAUUGAACCGUUCGGUACGAGGCUUUCGGUUCGGUACGCGGUACGCAUUAUGUACCGAACGGUUCGUUGGACUAAUUAAUUAUAUUUGGAAAAUAAAUUAAAAAUUGUGAAAUAUAAUGAUAUGCGUUCAACAAGGUAGCCCAAUAACCCAAACGACGUAACAGGCAACGCCCCUGACACCCCCGAACAAGAAAAAAAAAACACCAUCUUAUAUGUUUAUGUUAGGCUACUCAGUCAGGCGCAAGCUCAUUCAGUACGCGCUGAAGGCUCAUUGCAAAAUAGCCAAUGCGUUUAACAGACAACAAAUAGAAGAUCCUCCAAUAACCAACAGGUCUGGUGUUUGGGUGUGUGGUGGUUAUAAAAAUAGAUAAAACUAAUAAUAAUUAGUGUCAUCAAUAUGUCAUCAAAAAAAAUAAAUAAACUGAAUGUCAUUAAUGCAUAGUGUAUGAUUUUGGAUGAUGGCGAUUGGUAUUCCUUGCCUAGUAUGGAUGAUUGAUCAUUUGAUUAUUUUUGCCUUGGAACUUUCACCUGCUGGGGGAGGGGCGCGCUGCUGAGACAAUACAGAGACUCAGAAGAUAUUGCAGCAGCUCCGUGUCCUGUGUCUUUUAUUGACUCUUUUUCUCCCCUAAUCAGGCGGUUAGGGUGCUACAGGUGCACUUUACCAAUCGAUCGGGGCAUCCAAACAAGUACGGUAAUCAAAAUGGACUAGUACUGUACUGUGUCGGAAUUUCCUGAGCAGUACGAUUCAAUUAACAGGCCUGCACGUUAUUAGAUAGAAGAACUGUUAUAAAUAGAACGUAUGCACGGGCAGUUUUGAAAACUCCACCUACUUUGCUCUUGGCAUAGUGCAGCGCAAAUCGCGUGGUAUCUGAAGGGCAACGCUGAGCCCAGGGUCCAGCGCCGUGCAUAUCGCGUCCUGUGUGAAAGACCCUUUAGCCAUUUUGCAACGAGCCUUCAGCGCGUACUGAGUGAGCGAGCGCCUUACUCUGUAGUGGAAAACGCAGGUUUUAAGAACAUUCUUAAUGUAAUUUAGCCCCGUUACAAUAUUCCUUCAUGAGCCCAUUUCAGCCAGACCGUAAUUCCUGCUUUGUUCUAAAAAACAUAAGCCCUAUAGAGAACCAAUUGAGUAAAAACACACUCAAUAUAAAGAGUUAUAGAGUUCCAUAUAAAAAGUUACAUCUUUGUAUUUGUUCAUAACUACUACAAUAAUAUAACAUUUUCAUUUUUUUUUUUAUAAGGAGCUGUUUUUGUUUUAUACAGUAUGCUGCUAAGAAAACACCAUAGAAGAUGGGUAAAGAAUAGCUCCAUCAUUGUUCAAUGUAAAAAAAACAAAAAACAUACUUUGUAGCCAAUUUUUUUCUUUUUGCUGUAUCUAAAACGUACCGAACCGUACCGAACCGAACCGUGACAUCAGUGAAUCGUAUCGAACCGAACCGUGAUUUUUGUGAACCGUUACACCCCUAGAACAUAUAACAUCAGAAUUGCAAUAAAGUCACAAAAUGUCACAAUUCCUUUAUAUAUAUAUAUAUAUAUAUAUAUAUAUAUAUAUAUAUAUAUAUAUAUAUAUAUAUAUAUAUAUAUAUAUAUAUAUAUAUGGUGGAAGCGAGCUUUCAUGCACAAUGAACCCUAAUAAUAACGUCUGGCACUUAUUUAACUGGGUACAUUAGAGAUUUUUGUUUUGACUUGAGGGAGCAAUGUCUAUUUAAUGCAAUAAGAAGCACAACUAUUGUUAACAAAAUGUAUUUUUAUGCAGAAGGGUACUUGAGGUUUCAUUAUUAUUCUCUCACAACUACAUCGUGUUGUGGUUUGACCUUAUUUAUUAAUAUUACUGAUGCAGUGCACAUGAUUGUGAACGGAUGGGCAGGUGAUUGAAUGUGCUGAUGCUGGAGAAUCUUAAGAAACCUGUCUAGAACAUGUCAAAGUCACAUUUCUUUCUUUGUUGGUUUGUUUUUGUCUUGUGUAUCCCACAGUGUCAUCAGUAAAGCUUUAUCAUCA